AUAUCCCAGAACACUGCGCUCAGAAGAGCAGGCAGGGGGAAGGGAACAGCUAAUGUGUAACUUGGUUUGGCAAUCAGACGAAUAAAAUAGGAACUCAAACUGUCAGCUGCAAUCAGACACUGAGUGCACAAAAGAGCUGGAUAUUCUUAUCCUGAGAAAGUGGAUCUAAGAGAGACUUUGAGUGAUAAUCUUUGCUCCAUAUGUUGUCAUUGGCAAUGGCUGCUCCUUUACAAGCCUCAGACUCCCAUAAGGCUGAUUCUUCAUCUUCUUAAUCUGAUAACAGGCAUAGUUGAAACAGUAGGCAAACAUGAACCCAGGAGUGAGUUUGCUGUGCAUCCUUGUGUGUGCUAUCUCCAUUGGUUGUGAUCGGGUGUAUGUUCACCCCUUCCAUCUCUUUGCAUACAACCAAGAGAGCUGCAAGGGACUGGAAGACAAGGAACGACUGGAGAAAACCUUUGUUCCCAUCUCAAUUGAAUCUCCCAUCACCCCGGCAUAUGAAGAAAGUGUCAGGAACAAGAGUGAGGAGGAACCACACAUUUUAGGAGUGGACUAUUUAAAAGACUCCGCCUACGUGCUUGGGGCACGUAUCUAUAGAAAGCUGAUGGAAAUGCACACGGGGGAAAAUAUUCUUCUGUCUCCCACAAGCAUAUACCAGUCCCUUCUCAUCUUCUACUUAGGGGCUUCUGGACACACAGCAAGUGAACUGCAGAGUCUGUUAGGAUUUGACUUCCCCUCAAUUAGUCAAGAUUGCACGUCCAAAAUUGAUGGGCACAAAAUCCUUCCUGUCCUGAGGACCAUCAGCAAUCCCAGUGGGGUGGAUGAGUUGCUUUUUACCAAGCUUUUCUGCCUUUUUUCUGCUCCUAGUGUCCAUUUAUCUGAAUUUUUUGUCCAUGAAUUAACCUUUGCUGACAUUAAUUUCUAUGUACGAGCCAUUGACUUUACAAAUCCCUCUCGAGUAGGAGAACAAAUUGACGCUUUUGUCAAAACCAAAAAUGCGCACCCGGGCAAGUCCUCGAUAACAGACAUUGAUCCAGCAAGCAACUUGUUGUUUGCAACCUAUACUCAAUUCAAAGCCAUUGUGAAGGGAGCCUCACUUCUGAAUGAGCCUCAGGAAUUCUGGACCAAUUCAGAAACAAAGAUCUUAGUGCCUAUGAUGAGAGUCACUGGAAACUUUGAGCAUAAAUUUGACAGUAACCUGAAUCUGUCCGUCAUUAAAAUCGCUGUCAGUGAGAGCAUCGUUCUGCUGCUAUUACAGCCCAUCAACAAUGAAGACCUGACCAGUGCUGAGGCCCAGUAUUCUUUGCAGCCUUCUUAUCUGUGGCUGCAAAAAUUGUCACUGAGACGAAUCAACUUAACUUUGCCAAAGUUAUCCUUUGAAAGUGUUUAUAACCUUCAGGACCCCCUUAAUAAAAUGGGCCUACCUGAACUGCUGGGAAAGAAUGCUAACUUCAGUAUAAUGAGUGAUGUUAACCUGAAUGUUAGAAAGAUUAUAAAUCAGCAACUGUUUGAACUCCAUCCUGGUGAAGCAGAUCAAGCCGAAAACCCCACAGAACAAAAUGAAGACACUGAGACCCUCAGCAUAGCACUGAACAAGCCUUUCCUGAUAGCAGUGCAUGUAAAAGAGUCCAACGCUUUGCUGUAUUUUGGUAGAGUGGUGAACCCAUUGCAAUGAGCAUAAAUUUCACAUUAAUAUGAUUUCCCUGACUUUCUUCAGUAUUUUCCCUUUGUAAUUGUUUUUAUUGCCAUGUUGAACUGUCAUUUGACAUUUUGGAAUAAACCUGACAUGUUGUUCAAACCUA